AUGUUCGGGAUGGACCCGGUGCUCUCCGGGUCGCUGUGCUUCCUGGUGCUGGCCAUCGCCAUGUACCUCAAGUUCAUCCGCGAGCAGCCGUGGGGCGACGAGGAACUCUCGGACCACAAGAGCAGCCCCGUCGACGCCGACGACACCAUGCCCUUCCUGCACCCGUCGUCCCCCGCCGGCCGCCUCCAGGCGCAGCAGAAGACGCGCCAGCAGGUCAAGCAGAAGAAGAGCGCGCAGCAGAAGCCCGCGCAGCAGUACGGAGGCGCCUCCUCUGUGGCGGCCGCGGGCGUCGAGGUCCCCGCUGGAGCUACAGGACCCAGCUAUCACCUGCCCAAGAAGCAGCCAAUGCGCAGGCGCACGCACAGCGCGACGGCCUCCGCCGCAGCCUCACCCAGUAACAAGGUCAAGAGCGGCGCUGUGGCGGCUGCAGACGCCGCGGAGCUCGGGGAUCAGCUGCCCACGACCAUCUACGAGGACCAGUUCCGACAUCAACAGCAGCAGCAGCAACAGCAGCAGCCGCCCGACUCGGCGCGCAAUCAGCACCGCAUCACGUUCGACGACUACGACGAGGAGAUGGGCUUCCUGUCGCCGCCUCGGCACGCUGCUCAGGCGGCCAACACGUCGCUGGAGAGCGAUCACAUGCUGAAUAUUGCAGACACCCCCGAGAGAGGACUGAAUCCACUGCGGAUUGGAGGACAGUACCGAGGUGGAGAUUUGCUGGACAGGGCCCCCGAGAUGGACGCGUCGCCCGAUGCCAAGACGCUGAAAACGAAUAUUGAACGACAGUUCGUGAGGGAUGUGGCCCCGCCCGCGCAGAUGCAGCUGGAAGUUGCACGCAAGGCGCGGAUCCCGCUGUUCCUGCACUCGCCGAUGAGGCGGCCAAAACUCUCGAAAGCCAAGAACGACAGUUUGCAUGUCGACUUCAAGGAACUGCAAAUUGAGGAGAUGAUCGGCCAGGGCGCGUUCGGCACGGUGCACCGAGCCAAGUGGCGCGGAACGGCCGUGGCCGUCAAGAUUCUGGUUUGCCAACAUCUAACGGCAGAUAUUCUGGAGGAGUUCGAGGCCGAAGUGCAGAUCAUGACCAUUUUAAGGCACCCGAAUAUCUGCCUGCUCAUGGGCGCGUGCUUGGAGCCGCCGACACGCUGCCUGGUGAUCGAAUACCUGCCCCGAGGAUCGCUAUGGAAUGUCCUCCGCCAGGACGUUGUCAUUGAUAUGACCAAACAAUACGGUUUUGCUCGCGACACGGCGCUAGGCAUGAACUACUUGCACUCGUUCCAGCCGCCGAUUUUACAUCGCGAUCUGAAGAGCCCCAACCUGUUGAUCGAUUCCUCGUACGCGCUCAAGAUCUCCGAUUUCGGGUUGGCGCGCGUGCGAGCCCACUUCCAGACGAUGACGGGCAACUGCGGCACUACGCAGUGGAUGGCGCCGGAGGUGCUGGCCGCCGAGAAGUACACGGAGAAGGCCGACGUGUUCUCCUAUGGCGUCGUGAUCUGGGAGACCAUCACGCGGCAGUGUCCGUACGAGGGCCUGACGCAGAUCCAGGCGGCGCUCGGCGUGCUGAACAACAACCUGCGGCCGACAGUGCCCGAGAACUGCCCGCCGCUCUUCAAGAAGCUCAUGACGCUGUGCUGGGUGAGCUCUCCGGAGCAGCGGCCAAGCUUCGAGACGGACACAAUGGCUCCCUCCGCUGACACGACGCUGGGCCUGCUGGGCACGGGCAAGAUCGGCUCGGCGGUCUUCACGGGCUUCUGCAGCGCCAACGGCUGGCAGCCCAAGCACGCGUACGUGUCGGUGCGCACCAAGGCCAAGGCGGAGGCUCUUGUAGCCAAGUUCCCGGGCCGCGUGAGCAUCGGCGCGUCCAACCAGGAGAUCGUGGACCAGAGCGACGUCGUGUUCAUCGGCCUGCUACCCCACGUGGCGCGCGAGGAGCUGCCCAAGCUGUCGUUCGCCGGCAAGAAGGUGGUGUCCAUGAUGGCUACAAUCCCGUACGACGAGCUGCUACUGCUCGUGCAGCUGCCGCGCGAGAGCGUCGUGCGCUCCGUGCCGCUGCCCGCCGCCGCCAAGCGCGCGGGCCCCAUCCUGGCCUACCCGGACAACGCCUUCGCGCGCGAGCUGUUCGCCCAAGUGGGUACACCCGUCAUGGUGGCCGAGGAGGCCGAGAUCACCAAGCUCACGGGCAUCACGGCGCUCAUCUCCUUCUUCUACGCCACGUGCGACACCACGCAGCAGUGGUGUGUCAACAACGGCGUUGGCGGCCAGGCCUCGCGCGACUACAUCGCGUCCUUCUUCCACGCGCUGGCGACGGCGGGCGCCGAGUCCACGGAAGGCUUCGGCGAGAUGGCGGACGAGGCGGCCACUCCUGGCGGCCUCAACGAGCAGGUGCACCGCGCGCUGCAGGGCAACGGCGGCUACGAGCUCGUGGCGGACCAGCUGGACGCCAUCUUCAAGCGCCUCUCGGGAACGGACCCGGCCCCGCGCCCCGCGCGCAGCUAAAUGACGAUGUCAGCAGCUCUGCGGGGUUUGUGUUCGUUGCAGACACGACUUGCUCGGUGAGGUCUAAGACAAAUGAGAUGCUGCUAUUGCGUUAACCGUC